AAGUGGUGGUAAUUUUGUUUGUUUACAAUACUUGUUGGCCAAACUACAGCGUCGCGAAACAUAAACUUCUUCCUCCUCCUCCUUGAUAGGCGCUUUUCCAACAGCACCUCGUCUGAAUCCUGACGAUGAUUGAAACCGCAACAAACAACCAAAGCGAUACAUUGGAGGCCAAGAUGUCAUAUGAGUCGUUCAAGGGAUAUGGCUCUCAUGAUCUAGAUGCAACGGGAGACAUGAAGAUGGCUGCAAACCCCACCUCGGCUGAGUUCUCUAUGAACGACAAAGAGCACCAGAUGACGACUUACCUGCCUGACGACUCUCUCUAUGAAUGUGGGGCAAUCCCUAGGAGUGGAUUCGGCUUGUGUGGGGCUACCGAGCAAUUCGAUAACAUUGCAAACAUCUUAUGCAUGCAAGACGAUGCCUCCCGUGACGCCACUGAAUCUCGAUUCUCCGAGGAAUCAGAUGAAAGGGACGAAAUCUUCAAGGUGGAAGUAUUCAAGGAUGCGUUGGAUCCAAACUCUCACAAACUUGGGAAGUACUGGAAAAAGGUCAAGGUGACUGCUUCUGCCGCCGAGGACCGUGCCAUUGCGGUUUUGGAAAGGGCGGAGAAAGCAGGUUACAUGAGCGGCGACACCAUGCAGCAGGUGAGGGCCAGAAAGGCCGCCAAAGCGUACGCAUCAGAAUUGGAAGCUGCAAGGGCCAAGGCCAAAGCCAAGGAGUAUGCAGAGAAAAUCACUUUGGAGCAAGAAGUUGCGACGGACAAGGCGAAAAAAAUAGCCAAGGCAAAGGCAAAGGCCGCCGAAAAGGCUCAGAAGAAGGCCAAAGCCAAGGCCAAGGCGGCCGCCAAAGCUGCUGCCAAGGCUGAAGAAGACUUCUUGGCGGCCGAAAUGGCAGAGGAAGAGGCUAUCGCGAGGGCCGAGGCUCUAGAAGAGGCGAAGGCGAGAGUCCACGCCAUCGAAGACGAUAAGAGCCUCGAGGAGGCUCAGGAGGAUGUUCGAGCUAUGAGGCUCGAGGCAUUGAUGGAAGCAGAGCUCAAGAAAUCUAAAAGCAAGGAAUCGGUGACAUCCCUUCAAGACUUGAUGAAGUCCAAAUCCAAGGAUUCGAUGUUGUCAUUUCAUGCAUUGAAGAGGUCUAAAUCCAAGGAAUCGGUUGGAUCGCAGUCAGCCUUGAAGAAAGCCCCAUCCAAAACGGAGAGUUUUGGGGAUGUGGACUCACUCAACGACAGGGCAAAGAAUUUGUUUGGUGGAAGGAAAAGAUCGUCCAAGGUUCGUGUGGAUGCCGCACCUACUUCAGGCGCAUCGAUUGAGGACGAAUUGAGAAGCUUACACGAACAAGCUGCUGGGCUCAUCACGUCCAUCCGGAAAAAGGAUGCGAAUAAGGCAUAGAAUGGUUGGAGGGAGGAGGACGGAAUUGGCACCACAGCUUGCCCAUUACUUGCCUUUUGGCAUGAUCCAUGAAUUGUACACGCAGUUGAGCUGACUGGAAGGAAUCCUUAGUUAUCAUUACAGAGUAGUUAUAACGUUGUUUUUAGUCGAUUUUUGAAGUUACGGAACCUGUCGACCGAGGGCCUUCCAUGCCCUGCAAGCUUUUGAGCUUGCCAUCCGCACUAUAACAGCUACUAUAGCUAGCUACUUGC